CACAAUGUGGUUUGUAAAAAAUAAAUUAAUACUAGUUUUCUUAUUUUAUACUGGUAUACCCUUCAAUCAAGCGAAGAAGAAUGAAACAGUAAUAGAAAAUUUUAAAAAUCCACAUUUUUAUCCGGAUCAUAUUGGAAUUGUACAAAUGUUUCAAUGGCCAUUCGAUUAUAUUGCACGUGAAUGUGAAGAAUAUUUGGGACCACAAGGAUUCGGUGGCGUUCAAGUAUCACCAAUAUUUGAAAAUCAUAUAGUUGAAGGACGACCAUGGUUUGAACUAUAUCAACCUAUUUCAUAUAUAAUUAAAACACGUUUAGGUGAUGAAAGGCAAUUCCGUGAAAUGAUCAAGAGAUGUAAUAGAGCUAAAGUUCGAGUUUAUGUUGAUACAAUACUUAAUCAUAUGGCUAGACCAGGAAAAGGAGUUUUAAAAGGUGCAGCUGGAUCAAUAGCUAUUCCAGAAGAAUUAUAUUUUCCAGCUAUUCCAUAUACAUCAGAUGAUUUUCGUCCAAAAUGUGAUAUUUAUGAUUGGAAUGAUAAAUAUCAAAUAAGAAAUUGUCGUUUAUUAGAGCUACCAGAUUUAGAUCAAUCUAAAUUUAAUGUUCGUAAUAAGCAAAUCGAAAUGUUAAAUAAACUCAUUAGUAUGGGUGUAGCUGGUUUUCGUGUUGAUGCAUCUUCCUUCAUGAAACCUGAUGAAUUAAAGGAAAUAAUUUCAAGUUUAAAUAAUUUGCCUAGAAAUUUCAAUUUCCAUAAAGAAUCAAAACCUUUCAUAUAUCAUGAAGCCCAUCACUGGAAAUCAGAAUAUACAAGUUUUGGACGAAUUAUUGAAUUUAAUUAUGAAGAGGUUAUGAGUAAAAUAAUGCGUGGUCAACUCAAUUUACAUGACAUUAAUAAUUUCGCUAAGAAUUUUAAUAUGGUUGAAAGCAAAGAUGCUGUUGUUGAUUUAGAUAAUCACGACAGUCAACGUACAUAUGAUUAUCUAAGUCAUAAGGAUCCUGUUCCAUAUAAAAUGGGUUUAGGAUUUUUACUUUCUUUCCCAUAUGGUAUUCCAAAAAUGAUCAGUUCGUUCGAAUUCAGUAAAUUUGAAACUGGUCCACCUGCAGAUAAUUUACAGAAUAUCAUUGAUCCGAAACCAAAACCGAAUGGUCAAUGUCAAUCAUAUUGGAAUUGUGAGCAUCGUUAUCAUAUAGUUAAAGAAAUGUUACAAUUUGCAAGAGCUGUUAAAGGAGAGCCUAUUAAAAAUUUCUACAGUAAUAAUGAUGGACAAUUUGGAUUCUGUAGAGGUAAUAUAGGAUUUAUUGCAUUCAAUACUGGAUCAAAAGAUAUGGAAAUUAAAAUGAAUGUUUGUUUACCACCUGGAGUAUAUUGUGAUAUUAUUUCCAGAAAUAAUACAUCUGAACCAAAAUUAUUAUUUGAAAAAUUUUUUGGAAAAAAAUGGAAAAGAUGUAAUGGAAAUAAGAUUAUUGUGAAUAAACGUAACAAAGCGGUUAUAAAAAUUCCGGCAAAUGAUGAAAGAAAAUUUGUUGCAUUUUAUAGGCAUACCAAAAUUUGUUAAUAAUAUGGAAAUUUAAAAAGUGUAAUUAUCAAUUUGGUGCCCGUACUACAUUAAAUAAUUACUUAUGUUAUCUAAUUUUAAUAUUAUGCAUGUUUAUAUGAAUAAAAUGUAAUGAUUCAAUGGUA